AUGGCAACCUCUCGAGUCGUCUUCGUCUUUUCCCUCGAUGAUCAGGAUCUCUUUCAAGAAAUCCAUGGACGGUUGAUGAAUACAAUCGCGCAAAAGGCGGUGGUCAAACAAGCUGCAAAUUUUCAAGAGGCUCUCAACCUACUCAACAGCGACACCAAACCCGAAGCCAUCUUCGUGACGGAUUCCGGCAUUACCACCGCUAGAAACAACCUCGUCUCAGAGAAGCUCGUCGAUUUCGUUCGUAGCGGCGGCAGAGUUGUCCUAGGCGGCCUCUUCAGCUCCUUUGUACGCCCAGACGAUCUGCGCAGAUACUUCAAAAAGACAUGGAAUCUCCCUUGGAAGGUUGGCUCCUAUCACCGCACCACGGUAGCUUUGAAUCAGAACGCCAAAGGACUUCCGAGCAGCAACUUGCCGUCGUCUUACAGCCAAAAGGCCGUUUUUCUUGCAGACGUCAACAGCAGUGCGGCAUGGUAUCUGCCAACCGAAGAUUCCGUUGUCGAAUCUCAUGUUUUCGCUCCUGUCUCCGUUGCAACUUCAGAGACUCCUGUCGUGUUUGCUGAGGUAGGAACAGGCUGGCUAGGAUACAUUGGCAGUGUGAAUUCAGAGGAAGAGACCGACACCGUGGUAUUGGGAAUGCUGGGACUACUUUGA